UUGUUACUACAAUGUACUUAUUUUUUGAUUACGGCGCCAUCGGCAUGAACCUGUGGCGCAUGCUCGAGAGAAAUAAAAAUGGUGUUCGACAAGAACGAGAAAGACACCAACGUGUUUUAUUCGAACCCCAAAAACAAAUCUUAAUAGGGCUUUAAGUAGCCAACAAAUUGGUCCUUCGAGCCGGAUUCAAGCAAAGUGCGAACCAGAUACAACAGGAUUCGGCGUUAAGGCAAGGUAGGCGUCAGUUUCCCGUAAAUUCCCAGUUUUCCAAGAUUACACAACCAAAAAUGUCUGACGAGCAGACCAAAGCAUUGCGUAGAAGUCGCGGUGACGUUAAAAGAAAUUUAACGCGUAUUAUCAAAUUCGUUGACACACACAACAAACCCGGGGACGAAAUCGCGGUUCAACAAAGGAUCCAUGAAUUGGAACCAUUGCUCGACAAGUUUAACGAUAUUCAGAAUCAAAUAGAAACUCUCAUCGACUUUGACAACGAUGACGCUGUUGAAAGGGAAGACAGCGAACGCGAAGAAUUUGAGUCUAAAUAUUACGAGACCCUCGCAAUGGCCACAAAUUUCGUAAAACCCCCAGUUGCUCAACAGGAGCGUUUUCAGGCUCGCUCGCCACCGAUCUCGCAGUGGGGCUCUUUUCAAACGGUUCAAGACGUUAAUCAAGAUAACAUAACCCAAAUUCCUAUUCAGCACACUGAUCGCGUAACAAUUCCUCAAAACUUAACCUCACAAUUUUCAAACUCGGUUCGGUUACCCAAAAUUGACUUGCCCACUUUCGACGGUGCAUACGAAAAAUGGUUAGCAUUCAGAGACAUGUUCAAUUCGCUCAUUCACUCAAAUCUCACGCUCCCAAAGGUUCAAAAAUUUCACUACUUGCGGUCUUCGCUAAAGGGCGAAGCGGCCAACAUUGUACAAUCACUUGAAGUUUGCGACGAAAGUUACGAUGCGGCAUGGAGUCUUUUAGAAGACAGAUAUGACAACAAACGUUUAAUAAUCAACAAUCAUCUCAAAGGAAUCACAAAUAUUACUCCAUUACUAAAGGAAUCGAGCAGUGGCUUACGAAGCCUGCUCGACAAUCUGUCAAAAAACCUGCGCGCUUUAAAAGUUCUCAAACAACCAGUUGAGUAUUGGGACACCAUCAUUGUAUUUUUAGUAGUACAAAAGUUAGAUCCUACCACUAGACGCGAAUGGGAGAAAGAAGUUUCUUCCAGAGACUAUCCAUCAACUUCCGAAUUGGAAAAAUUUCUGCGUAAACGAUGCGAACUAUUCGAGACAAUUGAAAUGAGUAAACAAUCAUCCAAUUUAAAUCGCACAUCCUCAGUUCCAAUUAGUCACAAUCCAAAGCCAUCAAGUCGAUCUCUAGCAACUACAACCAAAGAAGAUGUUUGUCACUUAUGCAGCGAAUUUCAUCGUGUCUAUAACUGCCCCCAAUUUCGAAAAAUGUCUGUUUCGGAGCGCACAAACGAAGUAAAACGACUCAAGCUCUGCCUAAAUUGUUUCGGAUCUAAUCACAUGGCAACUAAUUGUCGUGGAAGCGGUUGUCGUAUAUGUAAUCAACGUCAUAGUACCUUAUUGCACACCAAUCUAAAACAAACUAACGCUACUGAACAACCAGUAACAACGUCGUCGACCGACACAGUCUCAACUAAAUCUGCGACCACAGUCAACACGCAUAUUUUCUUCGCAAAUCAGGUAUUGUUAUCCACAGCCCUAGUAUUCGUUCAGGGAAAAAAUCAGAAUCACUAUCUAUGUCGAGUUUUACUAGAUAGCGGAUCUCAAUCGAAUUUCAUUACGGAAAGCAUGUGCAAAAAACUGGGUAUAAAGCGUGACCCAGUUGACAUAUCCAUAUCAGGGUUGAAUGAAGUAAAGUCCACAGUCACAUCAAAGGCCAAACUAACAAUACAAUCAUGCGUCAGCGGAUUUUCGGCACUCAUCGAAUGUCUCAUUGUUACCAAGAUCACAAAUUCUCUGCCCGAAGUAUCGUUUUCAACUUCACAAUUGAACAUUCCCAAAAACGUCAUAUUAGCAGAUCCAGAAUUCAACAUAAGCAGCCCAAUUGACAUGCUAAUCGGAGCAGAACUGUUCUACGAACUCCUAUCAAUAGGUCAAAUACGCAUUCCCGAGGGACCCAUGCUUCAAAAGACCGUGCUGGGAUGGGUGCUCUCAGGGAAAUCAGACACUGUCAAGCAACGAAGACAAACAAAGAGUUUUCUUAUCUACUCUGACGCUGAACGGGACAUAAACAAAUUUUGGGAAAUAGAAGAAAUCAAAGGUAGAAAGCCGUGGUCACAGGAAGAAACACUCUGCGAAAAACAUUUCGUAGAAAACACUGAGAGGGACAAGAAAUCAGGCAAAUUUAUUGUAAAAUUGCCCUUUAACGAGAAAAUAACAUCCUUGUUUGAUACCGGGAAAGUUGCAGAGAAACGAUUCAUAUCUCUCGAGAAAAGGCUAGAAAAGGAUCUCAAAUUGCGUGAGAAAUACCAAAAAUUCAUGCGAGAAUAUGAAGACUUGGAACAUAUGCAAGAAAUCAAAACCAUGACCGAUGAAACAAAUAAUAAUGGUUAUUAUCUCCCACACCAUCCAGUAGUAAACGACAAACAAGACAAAAUACGAGUUGUCUUCGAUGGUUCUGCACAGACAGAUUGCGGUCUGUCACUAAAUGAUUGUCAAAUGGUAGGCCCAACUAUUCAGAAUGAGUUGCUCUCUAUCAUCUUAAGGUUUAGAAAAUACCCAUAUGUUUUAACCGCAGAUAUCGAGAAAAUGUACCGCAUGGUAUUGAUGCACCCAGACUUUCAUCGAUAUCAGAGAAUUUACUGGAGAAAUCAAAGUGACGAAGAAAUGAAGACCUACGAGUUAACAACGGUGACGUAUGGUACUUCCGCAGCAGCAUUUUUAGCUAUCAGAUGCCUAUAUCAAGUGGCGCUUGAUCUCAAGUCUGAUGAUCCAGAACUCAGCAAGGUAAUCGAGAAUGACUUUUAUGUUGACGAUUUGAUGACGGGUGCUCAAUCGAUGGAGGCUGCAAUGGAAUUAAAGGAUAGACUAUGCAAGGCACUAAACCAGGUGGGAUUCAAUUUGACAAAAUGGCGCACCAACUUUGAUCAUGUUCCUGAAGAAACGGAAACGAUUAUGUUGGGAGACAACGAAUCCAAGAAGCUCGGGAUAUUAUGGAACUCGCGCCAAGACACAAUAAACUAUGAAAUUGUCUUGGGUGAACCACCAAGAUCGACAACCAAACGCGUAAUUCUUUCCGAGGUUUCAAAAAUAUUUGAUCCAUUAGGUCUUCUGGGACCAGUAGUAAUCAAGGCAAAAAUCCUUAUGCAAAAACUAUGGAGUUUAAAAUUGGACUGGGACGAAUCGGUACCAAUUGAAAUUUACACGGAGUGGAUAAAAAUACGUCAAGAUCUCACUGCGCUAAAUAGUAUUUCUAUUCCACGAUGUGUGAUAGCAAUAGCAAGAUCUUCAAUAGAAUUGCACGGCUUUUCGGAUGCUUCUGAACGAGCCUACGGUGCUGUAAUGUAUAUUCGCACUCGAGACCCAAACCAAGAUAAUUGGUCUACAAAAUUACUCUGCGCGAAAUCAAAGGUCGCGCCGCUCCAUAACUUAUCUUUGCCCAGACUGGAGCUUUGUGGAGCAUUGAUACUUGCAAGGCUUUUCGAUAAGGUAAUCUCAUCAAUGGAUGUGAACUUUGACGGUCAUUAUUUGUGGUGUGAUUCCACCAUCGUUUUAAAUUGGUUAAACUCUCCUCCGUCAAGAUGGAAAACUUUCAUAGCUAACAGGGUUAGCGAGAUUCAAAACCUAACACAAAACGCAAAAUGGCAACAUGUUCCUUCAAAUGACAACCCUGCUGACUUAUUAUCACGCGGCAUAUAUCCAAGUGAGUUGAGUAGUUGUGAAAUGUGGUUCUCAGCGUCUCCAUGGCUGCAACUCGAUGAAGAACAUUGGCCAGAUCAGCCAAAUAUAUAUCUCAGCAAUGUACCCGAACAAAAGACGAACACAAUUAGUCUGACCAAUACUGAUACAUCAGAUGACUUGUUCUAUAAAUGGUCAUCAAUCAGUAAGACGAAACGAAUCCUUUCAUGGGUUAAACGAUUUAUCCAUAACUCAAAGAAUAAGCCGGAAGAUAGACGAAAUGGACCCUUAUCUGUCGAAGAGCUAGAAGAUAGUCUGAGAUAUCUUCUUAAAACUGCACAAUCACAAUUCUUCCACCAGGAAAUAUCAACUCUUUCAAAAGGCUUCUCCAUUCCCUCCAACAGCAGUUUGAAAUCGCUUCAACCAUUUCUUGACAGUCACGGAAUUCUUAGGGUUGGAGGUAGGCUAGUGAACGCAGAAAUCGAUUACAAUCAAAAACAUCCCAUAAUACUGCCCGAUAGACAUCAAUUGACCAAGAUGAUCUUCGAAGAUGAGCACAAGCAGCAAAUGCAUUGUGGGGCUCAAGCUCUAUUAAAUACGCUCCGCCAACGAUACUGGCCGUUAAGAGGAAGAUGCCUGGCGCGUCAGACCGUUCACAAAUGCGUCCGGUGCUUUCGAGCAAAACCUCCAGAUUCUAACUAUUUAAUGGGAUCACUCCCUGCAUGUCGCGUAACUCCGGCGCCCCCAUUUUUUAGAACAGGAGUUGAUUACGCAGGUCCUAUCAUGAUUAGGAAUAAGCGAGGUCGCGGUUCUUCUCUAGUAAAGGCAUACAUUUGCGUAUUUGUUUGUCUGACCACACGAGCCAUCCACCUAGAGGCGGUUAGCGAUUUAACCACUCAAUGCUUUUUACAAACUUUACGACGAUUUGUGGCCAGACGAGGAAAACCUCGAGUAAUUUACUCUGACAAUGGUUCAAAUUUUGUUGGAGCUUCCUCUGAAUUACAGCGACUUUACAAUUUUAUUCGCAGUAAAUCAAAUUUUGAUGUAAUUCAAACUAGUCUUGCCAAUGAUUCCAUUUCAUGGAUAUUCAUUCCAGCCAAUAGUCCUAACUGGGGAGGUUUAUGGGAAGCGGGAGUAAAAAGUGUUAAAUUUCACUUAAAACGAGUUUUAGGCAAUGCUAACUUGGUAUUUGAAGACCUUUGCUCGGUCCUAUGUCAGAUUGAAUCGAUCCUAAACUCCCGUCCACUCAGUCCUCUUUCCAACGAUCCAAAUGACAUGACACCACUGACGCCUGGGCACUUCUUAAUUGGAAGACCAUUAACUACGAUUCCCAGUGACAAUCACCUCGACACUCCUAUGAAGCGCCUGAAUCGCUUCGAAUAUCAAGAAAAAAUAUGUCAAGACUUUUGGCAAAGGUGGCAUCAGGAGUACUUGAGUUAUCUGCAGCAGCGAAAGAAAUGGACACAAUCCACGAGACAAAUACGUCCCGGCGAUCUGGUGGUGAUCAGAGACCAAAACCUUCCCCCAAUGCGCUGGAAGAUGCGACGCGUCGAAGAGGUCUACCCAAGCCCCAGCGACGGCGUAGUGCGUGUUGCUAGUGUGAGAUGUGCGGGAAAAAUAGUGAAAAGAGCCUGUAAUCGUUUAUGUGUUUUACCGCUCGACGACGAAUGACUUCUUGAUUGAAGACAAUUUUGUUUAUAUUGAACGCAACAACCUUUAUGUUACAUUUUUUUUUUUUUUUUGCCAGUCUUGAAUUAUUUUUCAUUUGCUUUCUUUUGUGUUUAUUGAAAGUUGUACCUUUCAAGGCGGGCGGUUUUGUUACUACAAUGUACUUAUUUUUUGAUUACGGCGCCAUCGGCAUGAACCUGUGGCGCAUGCUCGAGAGAAAUAAAAAUGGUGUUCGACAAGAACGAGAAAGACACCAACGUGUUUUAUUCGAACCCCAAAAACAAAUCUUAAUAGGGCUUUAAGUAGC